CGGACCACGAAGCAAUCGCAACUAUGUCGAUGAACACCCAGCAAACCCCUAUGGACGAUCCAGAAGCUGUUAAGAAUGUGCAGCGGCUCGAUCGGUUCCUCAAUGAGAGCCCACGCUCCAACUACACGUUCGAUUCGGAGAGGGAUUCCGACGAGUCUACUGUCUGCCGACGCGUAUCAGACGGCGGACUGAGCUGUGUGAAGCUGCGCCUGAAUUCGAAGCAGAUGUUUGAGCAAAUGCAGAAGUUCGGAUACUUCUGUGCGUUGCCACUGGAUCCUUCGCGAACGGAAUUAGAGUGCAAGAAGUUCUAAGGGAGUGCAUUCAUCAUGGAGGUUACGGCACACUAGAAAGAGCCGUUGAG